AAGUGUCUAGGAUGUUUUUAUUCCAGCUUCUGGCUGUGGGCAUAUGCGUUCGUGUCCUUGAUUAAAGGUUGCUCAGCAUGUGAACCAGAAGAACGGUUAUUUCAAAAACUUUUCUCCCAUUACAACCACUUCAUCAGACCGGUGGAAAAUGUAUCUGAUCCUGUGACAGUACAUUUUGAAGUGGCAAUUACACAGCUUGCAAAUGUGGAUGAAGUCAAUCAGAUUAUGGAAACCAACCUGUGGCUGCGACAUAUUUGGAAUGACUAUAAAUUGCGAUGGGAUCCAAUGGAAUAUGGUGGAAUUGAAUUUGUUCGAGUGCCGGCGGAUAAAAUUUGGAAACCUGAUAUCGUCUUGUAUAACAAUGCUGUUGGGGAUUUUCAAGUCGAAAGCAAGACCAAAGCUCUUCUUAAAUAUGAUGGGAUGAUCACUUGGACUCCACCUGCUAUUUUUAAAAGCUCCUGUCCUAUGGACAUCACAUUUUUUCCCUUUGACCACCAGAAUUGUUCACUGAAAUUUGGCUCCUGGACAUAUGACAAAGCCAAAAUUGACCUCCUGAUUAUUGGAUCCAAAGUGGAUAUGAAUGACCUUUGGGAAAACAAUGAAUGGGAAAUAGUUGAUGCUUCUGGCUAUAAACACGAUAUAAAAUAUAAUUGUUGUGAAGAGAUCUAUACAGAUAUAACAUACUCCUUUUAUAUCCGAAGGCUACCCAUGUUUUACACCAUUAAUCUGAUCAUUCCCUGUCUCUUCAUUUCGUUCCUAACUCUAUUAGUCUUUUACCUUCCAUCUGACUGUGGUGAGAAGGUGACCCUCUGCAUCUCAGUGCUACUUUCUCUGACGGUAUUUUUGUUGGUGAUCACAGAGACAAUCCCGUCAACCUCUCUGGUCAUUCCACUGGUUGGCGAAUACCUGCUCUUCACCAUGAUAUUUGUGACCCUAUCAAUUGUCAUCACAGUGUUUGUGCUGAACAUCCAUUACAGGACUCCAACCACACACACCAUGCCCAAAUGGGUAAAAAGCGUCUUUCUCAAGCUCCUGCCUAAAGUCCUGAUGAUGACGAGACCUCUAGAGCCGCAGAAAGAAGCCAGCUCUAAAAAGAGUAAGAAAGGGCUUGCCAAUAAAUCUAGCAAGAUGAAGCAAUACGGAGACUUUAAAUUAUACAAGGAGCAGAGAUGCUGCCACUGUGACAAGGUGAACGCACUUGUUACCGGCAAAAGAAGAUUGAGCCCUCAGCCCAUGAAAUGGGGGAUGGAGCACGUCAAGUACUCCGCUGAAGUGGGCGAGGUAAUUAGCAACGUUCAGUUCAUCGCUGAAAACAUGAGGGGCCAAAACGAAACUAAAGAGGUGGAGGAUGACUGGAAAUACGUGGCUAUGGUGAUAGACAGGGUGUUCCUUUGGGUGUUCAUCGUUCUCUGUGUGUUUGGGACAGGAGGGUUAUUUCUGCAGCCACUAAUAGCAGACACAUAAUCCCAAGAAUGCUGGUUGGUUUUUGUUUUGUCCAAUUCCCUACUUUUUUGGAGCUCCACCCAUCCCCUCCACUUUCUCUUGUUACACUCGGCCCAUCCUCCAAGGGUCCAUCUGCAAAGGGCUGCUGUUAAGGUGAUGUUCCCUCUGGCUAAGCGGUCAGGGUGUGGCUUCCCCUUCCAACAGUCACAGGGAGAGAGAAGGCAUUCCAUCCUGAGGUCAGUUUCAGACUGUCACAUAUCAUCGUCGAGUGCCCACCGACUGACUUCAACGGCGGGCUGCCGUCUCUCCACCUGGCUGA